AUGGGUUGCUGUAUGAGUCAAGAAGAGAAGGAAGGAAGACGCAAGAAUGAUGAAAUUGAGAAUCAACUUAGACGCGACAGACUCUCAAUGAGAAAUGAAGUUAAAAUGCUUUUAUUAGGUGCUGGCGAAUCAGGGAAAUCCACAAUCUUGAAACAAAUGAAGCUUAUUCACGAUGGUGGAUAUUCGGCUGAAGAGCGAGAGUCAUUUAAAGAGAUCAUUUUCUCGAAUACAGUUCAAUCAAUGCGCGUCAUUUUAGAGGCAAUGGAGAAUAUGGGUUUAUCACUACGUAAUGAGAGUAGCCAAAAACACGCAAAUGCCAUUUUAAAUUUACCUAGCCAGAUUGAGGGAGAUCAUUUAUCACAAGAUGUCUCGUUAGCAAUUAAGAAUCUAUGGGCCGAUCGUGGUGUACAGGAUUGUUUCAGUCGGUCACGCGAAUACCAAUUGAAUGAUUCGGCUAAAUAUUACUUUGAUUCGAUUGAUCGCAUUGCACAGCCAGAUUAUCUUCCGACCGAUCAAGAUGUCCUUCGAUCUCGUGUAAAAACUACCGGUAUUACUGAGACCACCUUCUUGAUCGGUGAAUUGACCUACCGAAUGUUUGAUGUCGGUGGUCAACGGUCUGAACGUAAGAAAUGGAUUCAUUGCUUUGAGAACGUAACAGCAAUCGUAUUCUUGGUUGCUAUAUCUGAAUACGAUCAAUUGUUAUUGGAAGAUGAGACUGUGAAUCGUAUGCAAGAAGCCUUAACGUUAUUUGACUCGAUCUGUAAUUCACGAUGGUUCGUAAAAACAUCGAUCAUUCUAUUCCUGAAUAAGAUUGAUCGAUUCAAGGAAAAACUUCCAAUCUCGCCAAUGAAUAAAUAUUUCCCCGACUACGAAGGCGGCGACAAUUACGAUGCAGCAUGCGAUUAUAUACUGAACAGAUUUGUCUCACUCAAUCAAUCAGACGUCAAACAGAUUUAUACACAUUUCACAUGUGCCACCGAUACGCAACAAAUAAAAUUCGUGAUGGCAGCUGUUAAUGAUAUCAUCAUUCAAACAAAUCUACGAGACUGUGGGCUACUGUAA